AUGGUCAAAUUCAGAGAUGAGGCUACUCGUGACUUGGUCCUAGAAUCAGGGGUAGUUCAUUUCGAUAAGAAGCCUGUUAUUUUAAGGGCUUGGACAACUGAUAUUGACUCUCUGAAAUCGAUUAAAUCAGUGCCAGUUUGGAUCCGUCUUCCUGAUCUCGGGUUACAGUACUGGGGUACCAAAUGUUUGAGUGCAUUGGUCAGCACUAUUGGGAAACCAAUAAUGAUAGAUAAGAUCACCAAAGACAGGUCAAUGAUUAAAUUUGCUCGGAUUCUAGUUGACAUGGAAAUAUCAGAUUCUCUUCCUAAAUUCAUUAGCUAUAUCAAUGAGAGAGGCCAAGUAAUGGACAAACUGAUUGACUAUGAGUGGUUGCCUACAAAGUGCUCUCAGUGUAAGAAACUAGGGCAUACAGCUUCAUCUUGCAAAUUUGUGGAAGGAAUGGUUUGGAGAAAGAAGGAGGUCCCAAUAGCUCCUGCAGAUGGAUGUUUUACUCAUGAAGAAUCUGGUAGUCAUCUGAAACAAGCCCAGGAAAGUUCACCUCAGAUUUCAACUAAAGAGGAAUCGAAAUCCCAACAUGUGGAGCUUCCAAAGGGUCAAGGAUGGGCCACCCCGAAAAAACCAGGUACUCAGAAAACGAAAACCCCAGUAACAAGCCAGAAUACAAGUAAUACCUUCAGUGUUCUCCAAAAACAGAAGCAGUUUCUUAAUGAUCCUUCAUUGUUAUUGAAUUUGAAUGGAAAAUUUCAAUAUAAUGAGUUGGAAUGCCAGUCAUUUUGUUUUACUGUGGUUUAUGGCUCUAAUCAGUUGGAGAAUAGGAGAGCUCUUUGGUCUGAGAUAACUGUUUUAUCUUUCCCUGUUAAAUCUUGGUUAAUAGUUGGAGAUUUCAAUUCUGUCUUUAACUCAGCAGACCGAAUGGGGGGUAAGGCUAUAUCUCCCAAAGAGCUAGAGGAUGCUCGAAAAUGGCUUGAUCUCGGUAUAGUGGAAGAAAUGAAGCUUCUGGGUUCUUUUUAUACUUGGUCAAAUAAUCAAGAUGGGAAUAAUCACAUUUUUUCCAAGUUAGACAGAGUGUUUUUUAACGAGGAUUGGCUUGACUCUUUUCCUAAUGUCAGUGCCAUAGCCAAUUGGGAGGUUGUUUCAGAUCACUGUGCUAUAGUUUUGAAGCAUAUUUCAGUCCAAAAGAAUGGUUUGCGUCCUUUUCGUUUCUUCAAUAUGUGGACUAGCCAUCCGAAAUUCAAGACUACUCAGAUUUCAAGGAAAUUGCACCAGCUUAAAUUUAAAUUGAAGAGGUUCAAUUGGAGGAUCGUUGGAGACAUAGUCAAGAAUUAUGAGGAAAGCAAGAAUGUGUACCAGCAAGCUAAAAUUAACCUGUUUUCUGAUCCGAAUAAUCAGACCUUGAGUGUUAUCGAGAGAGCUUCUCAUCUAGAGUUUAAAAAACAAGAGGCAGCUUAUGCUUGCUAUCUAGUUGAAGUAGAUUAUCCAAAGGUAAUCAGUCAUUUUACUCAACACUUUCAGUCAUUUUUGGGCGGUUAUAGUGUAGCUUAUGGUCUUAUUGAGUCCUCAGUCGUGCAUUUAGGUUCAAUCCUUAGCCUAGAUGACCAAACUGAGCUUCUUAAACCAUUCACUUUUCAAGACGUCAAAACAGCCAUGUUUAGUAUUAAGGCAGUUAAGAGCCCUAGUCCAGACGGAUUUGGUGCUGGUUUUUUCAAGAGUUUAUGGUUUGUCAUAGGGAAAGAGGUGGCCACUGCAGUGCUUGAAUUCUUUGACACAGGAUGCAUCCCGAAGGCUUUAAACAAUACCAUAUUAACUCUUAUUCCUAAAGUCAGCCAACCUUCAAAUGCCUCAGGGUAUAGACCAAUUGCUUGCUGUAAUACCCUUUACAAAUGCAUUUCUAAAAUGCUUUGUAACAGGUUGACAUCUAUCCUUCCCAAGAUGGUUAAUCAAAAUGAAGGUGCGUUCGUUAAGAAUAGAUCUCUUGCCCAUAAUGUUCUUAUUCUUCAAGAUCUUCUUAAAGGCUAUAAUCGUAAAUGA